AUGCCUGACGCGGCCCAGCAGCCGCUAAGUGCGCGGACAGCGCAGCGAAUUCAUGAGCAAGUGACUCGUGAGGUUUUUCGACUCGCUGGUCGUGAUCCCGAUCAUCACAUGGAAUGCUUCAAGGCUUGCCUAAAGACUAUCGAGGACACCAAAGUCGUCGAGGCAACUGACUAUGCUAUCUGGCAGAGCCAGGAGCCGAUCGCAAGUCCCCUGAAAGAAUUCUCCAAUACCAACCGAACCACCAAGAGCAGCAACUUUUACAUGCUCUCAGCAACGACCGCCGUGGCUAUUGCUGCCAUUCUAAACCUGAAGCACGUCGUCAUCAACUCUAACGGCAAUACCAAACACAUCGCCAGCGCUGUAUCCGAGAGUGCUGUGUGGGCUUACCUUGGUAUUGCUAUCGAUGUAUGGCCUCAGACUGGUGAAUCUCAGUUCUUCGUUAAAAAGUCUGAUGAAGGUUCAAAGUCUCCAACAGUUGGAAAGGUCGCCCGCGGAAAGUUUGCAGUCACAACCAAUAUCCCCGGAGACACUAUCACCCCUCUGAUGCUUCUUACUAUGGCGAGAUUCAAUGGCUGGAUCAAGUCAGCACCGGGUGCCCCUUGUCUGAAGAAGGGGACUGUCGACGCGCCGCAGAUCAUCCAUCGCCGUCAAGCAUUGAGCGAAGGCAAGGAGAUCCUUGAGAAACUCGGAAACCGAAAGUACAAGCAAAACGAUCCAGCUCUCAUCCGAGAGGUAAAGGCAUGGCUCUCGGAGCCCAUCAUCCUCGCGAAAUCAUGGUUGCCAAUCAUCAAGGACGCAGACACGGACUUAUCAGUUUACAAGUUCAUGGGCAAGACCGGUGCCACUCUUGCAUCCCUGGUGUCCGAUGAAAUCGACUACAUUCAACUGGCUCAACAGGUCAAUGAUUCAGAAUCAACUGCAGCUGUAAAGAAGCUGGUUCAACUGUCAGACAAGGCCCGUGAGAUACAAAACUCUCUGCAGAACUAUCUUCAGGAAGCAACCCCCAGUCUGAUGGAACUUCGAACGACUCUCCUGGAGAAGCCUGGUUGCCAGUCGUUCCAGCAAGUUUUUGGACCUCCUUGGAACGAAUGUCUUCUCAACCAGGAAGCUGACGGUACCAAGAACAUUAUUGUUGGCGCUCUUCAGCGUCUCUUCGAUAAUAUUGCUUAUGUCGUUCCUCGAACGCACUCUUUGUACGGUGCUUUUCUUGACAUGGCUUCCAAGAUGGACAUUGCUGUCAUGUCUUCCCUCGACCUUGAUCUUGUCCGAGCCAAAGAUCGUCACCAGAAGCGGCUGGACAUCAACGACGAUCUGUCAUACCGCAAUGAAAUCAUGACAAAUGUGGCCGAAGCAAUCGGAAGACUCGAGCGUGGGUCAGCAUCGCAGGAACGACUUCUACGUUCAAAGCUCUGCUCGAUCCUCGACGCAGCUGAUGCGCUGAUCCUGAAGGAGAACCUUCCGCGGGACAUCAGCAUCGUGAUCUCAACCAACAACCAUGAGGAAUAA